UACUCAUUUGCAAGCCGGCAGGAUAGUUGUUACGCCAAUUAACUAUCUAUUGAAGCAAGAGUUGACGAAGACUUAAGCUUUAUCAACGACUUCAACUAUAACCUUUUGGAACCUAUAGUAUUUUCGGUGCUUGAUCUAAAUGAUGUCUGCCAGAAAACAGUUUGAACAUCUCAAGAUACAACUGGAAGCUAUACGUUCAGCAACCAACAACUUUGCCCAUGACCAUUUGAUUGGGAUAGGAGGACACGGGAAAGUGUACAGGGGAGAACUCAUCCAUUCGAAGGGACAUACCACAGUUGCUAUAAAACGUUUAGAUCGUCCAUUUGGGGAAGGAGACGUUGAGUUCUGGAAGGAGAUCAUGACGCUCUCACGUUACAGCCAUGAAAAUAUUGUCUCACUCUUAGGGUACUGUGAAGAUGGCGGCGAGAAGAUCCUGGUAUACGAGUAUUCAUCUAAGAGAAGUGUCGAAUCGCAACUCAGCAGCAAAAACCUGACGUGGACUCAACGCCUUAAAAUUGCAAUUGGUGCGGCUCGUGGACUUUCAUACCUACACCAAGGUAGAAUAUUGCAUAGAGAUAUCAAAAGUUCUAACAUCUUAUUAGAUGACUCUUGGACUGCCAAGAUCAAAGAUUUAGGUCUAUCUAAAAUUGGUCAUGAUAGCAAACCACACAAGUUAGUUGUUCCUCACGUUAUAGGCUCACUUGGGUAUAUUGAUCCGCAAUAUUUUGAAACGGGGAUACUGACAAAAGAGUCAGAUGUUUACUCGUUCGGUGUGGUGUUGUUUGAAGUUUUGUGUGGAAAGUUGGCUAUUGGGAAAAAUUAUAAGCAUCAACCUUUUCCUCAAUGGGUAGGAGAGUGUUACACAAAGAACAACCUAGAUGAAAUUAUUUAUAAAGAUAUAAAGGUUGAAAUGAAUCCUCGCUCCUUGGAAGAGUUUACAAGAAUUGCAUAUCAAUGUUUGAGGGACUUUAAGCAACGUCCAACAAUGAAAGAAGUAUUGGCAAAACUUGAAAGUGCACUCGAAUAUCAAAUCAUAGAAACAACGUCUUUUCCAGAAGAGUUUGAAGACCUCAAAAUACAGCUGGAGGCUAUACUAUUAGCAACCAACCACUUUUCUAAUGAGAAUUGCAUCGGGGAGGGAGGCUUUGGUAAAGUGUAUAAGGGAAAACUUGUCCAUUCUAAGGGACAAAUCACGGUUGCUUUAAAACGUUUGGAUUAUACAUUUCAGCAAAGAAACCUUGAGUUUUGGAAGGAGAUGAUUAUGCUUUCACUUUACAGACAUGAAAAUAUUGUGCCUCUCUUAGGGUUUUGCGAUGAUCGUGGGGAGAAGAUAAUAGUGUACGAGUACGUAUCUAGGAGCGGGCUCGACGUGUAUCUUGACAGCAAUGAUCUAUCAUGGGUUACACGCCUUAAGAUAUGCAUUGGGGCAGCUCGCGGGCUAUCAUACCUUCAUAGUGAUGUUGGGACCAACCGAACAAUAUUGCAUCGAGAUAUUAAAAGUUCCAAUAUUGUGUUAGAUGAAUCCUGGAACGCAAAGAUAGCAGAUGUGGGGUUGUCCAAAUUUGGCCGUUCUAACCGGCAAUACAAAUAUCUGGUAGACAAUGUUGUAGGCACAGUUGGUUAUUGUGAUCCUGUAUAUUUUGAGACAGGGUCACUAACAAAGGAGUCAGAUAUUUACUCCUUUGGUGUGGUGUUGUUUGAAGUUUUAUGCGGGAGGUUGUGUCUUGUCAAAAAUGAUAAGCAUCAGUCUUUUACUGUAUUAGUACGCAAAUGUUACAAACAAAACAACCUGAAUGAAAUUAUUUAUGGUGAAAUAAAAGAUGAAAUACAUCCUAGUUCUUUGGAGGUGUUUGCUAGAGUAGGUUAUCAAUGCCUAAAGAGAAGCCGUGAUGAACGUCCAAUAAUGAAGGAGGUUGUGAAAAUACUUGAAACUGCACUACAAUUUCAAGUUCCACCUCUACCUCCACCUAAACAUAUACCUACAUAUUCACCAUUAAGUUCAAAUAACAGUACUAAUGUGUCACAGCUGACUGAUAAAAGAUCCUUAAAGACCCUACAUUGGGAGAAAACCCGUGCAACAGUAGGAAGUAUAUGGGAUUUGCCUCAUAAACAGGGAAAUCUGUCAAGGGUUCCUGAAAUUGAUAAAAAAGAGCUUGAGAGCCUGUUUUGGGAAGCUUAGCAUAGGCUGGUUCUGAAUAGCUCAAACCGUAAAAGGGUCUUUCUGUUAGUUGACUCAACCUGUGUACCAUAAAUAAUAUACUUCAGUUCUAUACUCUUUUAUGUAACUUGUAUACCUUUUAACCAUAAUACUUCUACUUUAUAUGACAAAA